CGAUGUCGUUCCAUAUGGUUGCGAGCAUGUCGUCGGAGCAGAUCUCUAAACCCUGCAAGGGGCGCGGUGAUCAUGCCAUUCAAUGACAAACGAGGCCGCUGUCUUGGAGACUGUUGUGGAGACGGGGAACGUCUCCACCGAAGAGGCAUCUGUAACGAUCGAUCUAACAACGGAUACCUCGGCCGACAGGGCCUUUGUGACGACCGAUCUGACCAUGAGGGAUGUCGGUGGGGGUGGCGGUGAUGAUGGUGGUGGUGCUGCUGAUAAUGAUGGCAGUGAUGGUGGUGGUGGUGGCGGCGGGAGUGGUGGUGGUGGUGGUGGAGGAGGCGAUGGCAGCAGUGGCAGAGGAGGAGGUCGUGUACCUUCAGCAGCAGCAACAACAACAACAGUCGUUGUAUUGCACGACGAGGCAGCAGCAAAGGCUGCCGAUGACGAACGAGUUCAACGUCACGAGAAGAUAUUCAGUGGAGAGCGAGCUUUGCUCACAAUGGUAGCAGACUGGCGGGCCGAGGCCGAGAAUGGCAAUCUGGAAGAGAGUGGAAACAAGAUCGCUCUCCUCCUUGGCCAUCUCACGGACCUCCUGGCCACAUGCAUUACACAGCAGGAGGACAUCCACAGCCUCGACGACGCGCUGUCUCAAGUCCACAGCCGUCUCCACCAGCUGGAGCAGCGACCCGUCGCCGCCCCCAUUGCCAGCUCUUCCAACACCUCCGAUCGCCUUGAGGCAUUGGAGAUUGAGGUCGGAUUCCUCAAGGACGGCGUGCAGUUACAGCGAACCGCAACGCAACAGUUGGAGCAGCGGAUCUGUACUACUGCCAACCACUCGAGCUCGGAACCGCACGAGACAACUCCAAAGUUCGAUGGGCAGGAGAUCUUCUGCGACUCGACGAAGACAGAUCCGAUUCCAUGGUUCUACAAGUUCGAGCUCACGUUGCAGCUAAUACUACGUCAGCGCGCACAAGUAUCACGCGUGAUGUUCGACAUUUUGGAAACGGACUUCGACGUUAUUUUGGGAAUGCCUUGGCUUGCAAGUGCGGAUCACAUGGUCAACUUCCACCGGCGGACUCUUACCAUUCGCGACGCUUUCUGCGCCGAAGUGCCGUGUACUAUUCCUUUUCCGCACCCUUCAAUCCGAUGCCAAGUGGUGAUGGCCAAGUCAUUCCGGGCUACUUGCGCUUACGAGCAGCCCGACGAAAUCGGCCUAUGUUUCCUACGGACCAUCGCGGUAGUCGACUCUUCACCCACCGACUUGUCUUCGGACCCCCGUGUGGUGCAGUUGCUUGACGAGUUCGCCGACAUCUUCGAGUCACCUACCGGUGUGGUGCCGGAUCGGCCGAUCUCUCACGAGAUCAUUCUUAAGGCCGGUGUCGUGCCGCCGAAAGGUUGCAUUUACCGCAUGAGCGACGAGGAGCUUACGGUCCUCCGCGCGCAACUCGAUGACUUGAUGGACAAGGGCUGGAUCCGCCCUAGUAGCUCCCAUAUGGAGCGCAAGUUCUCUUCGUACGGAAAAAGAACAAGGAUCUACGAUUGCGCAUUGACUUCGCGAGCGCUUUUGGUGGCCCGACCUUCUCGGCGACGUCACACGCUAUUGCGAGUCAUCCCGCAACCAUUGUCCGUAUGGCGAGUUGCGACCAUUACCGGUCCCCUUGCGUCGGAGGGAGGCGAUUACCAUGAACAUUACCGGGCCGUUCCCCAAGCACAAGACCGUGAUGGGGGUGGUGGUAGUGGUGGUGGUGGUGGUGGUGGUGGUGCCGGGGGUGGUGGUGGUGGUGGUGGUGGUGGAGGCGGCGGUGACAGCAGUGGCAGAGGAGGAGGUGGUGUACCUUCAGCAGCAGCAGCAACAACAACAGUCAUUGUAUUGAUACACAGCAAGGCAGGGGCUGUAUGGUUCGAACAGCAGUACGAGGAUGCAGAAGGAGGAAGUAAGAAGGAUCAGGAGGGGAAAGAGGAGGUGAGGAAUGGGGAGGAGAAGAGGAACUCAUGCUGACUAGGAGCGAAAGCAAUCGCGCAGGCCCGCUACUAGGAUAGUUGCGACGACAAUGACGAUGCUACUCGCGAGAAAGACAAGCAGAGUGACACCCGAAGCCAGUCUCUGCGACUGGAACAAUGCUAAUGAACUCUAGCAUGGCGA